AUGGAAAAAGCUAAAGAGACAUGGAUUGAAGAACAAUGCCAAGGUAUCGAAGAAAACCUGCGGGAAAAUAACAGCAAGAAAGCCUACCAGCUUGUGAAAGAACUGACAUGCUCGAAACAAGGGAGAACUACUAUCAUCCAAGACAAAGCAGGGAAAUGUCUAACAGGAAAACAAGAUAUUCAAAAGAGGUGGACAGAGUAUUGUUCCAAAUUGUAUACACACACAAUAAUAGGAGAUCCCAAGGUGCUAGAUGUCCAUGCACCAACCAACAAUGACAGCUACCCUAUCCUACGGGAAGAAGUUGAAGCCACAGUAAAAUCUCUGAAGAAAGGCAAGUCGGCAGGAGUGGACAACAUUUCAUCGCAGCUGGUCCAGGCAGGAGGAGAGGCCAUGAUUGAUAUGUUGCUCAUCAUCUGCAACAAGAUCUGGCAGACAAGAGAGUGGCCAUCACCUUGGACUCAGUCCCUGAUCAUCACUCUCCCGAAGAGGGGCAACCUACAACUAUGCCAAAACUACCGUACCAUCAGCCUGAUCAGUCAUCCAAGUAAGGUCAUGCUAAGAAUUCUCCUGAAUAGACUGAAGCCACAAGCUGAUGGAUGA